ACAUAGUGAGAGUAUUUUACAGAGUUUUAGUGCUGUUCCUGUGGGACUGGGGGUCUUUUGGGGUCAGUGAGGGAACAGUCAGAGAAUAGUGAGGGAACAGUCAGGCGCAGACUGUACAGAGAAAGCGCCCCCUCACACCCGAACGGCAUGCUGGGUCAGAGCCGUGGCCCCAAACAGUAACACGGGAUACGGGGAGGUUUUAGACUCGUCCAGCCGCUCUGAGGCUCUUUAUCCUCGGGGGAUUUUACUGUACAGCCCCGCUGAGGGACCGAGGCGGUGAGCGGGGAUCCGGAAUGUGACGGCGUGUCUGUGAGAGGGGGAAACUCCAGCGCGUGCUAUGCUAGCGCGGCUAAAGCUAGCUAGCUCCUCGCUAACUCGGACAGCUGGCUAGCUGCGGGCCCGCGGCGCUUUCCCGUAAACCGGAGGAUUUUACCCGCUUCUGAAUAAACCCGGAAAUCCAUCCUCAAUCAGCAGCGAGGAUGGGUGUAAAGACCUUCACCCACAACUCCCCAAGUCAUAGCCAGGAGCUGCUGGAUAAGCUCAAUGCGCUGCGUGGCGAAGGCCACUUCUGUGACGUCACCAUCCGCGUCCAGGGCCAGCUCUUCUCCGCCCACAAGGUGGUGCUGGCCUGCUGCAGCGACUUCCUGAAGGCCAAGCUUUCGGGAAAGCUCAGCGAGGACGAGGCAGAGGAUGACAAGCCUGUGCUGGACCUUCAUCAUGUGACUGUGGCGGGCUUUGCUCCACUGCUGGAAUAUGCCUACACCUCCACGCUUUCCAUCAGCACCGAGAACAUCAUCGACGUGUUAGCAGCUGCCAGCUACAUGCAGAUGUUUGCAGUGGCCAACACCUGCUCGGAGUUCAUGAAGUCUAGCAUCUUGUGGAACUCUGCUGCGGCUGCCGGGGCCACCGGGAGUUCAGCGCCUGCCGGUCUUCAUCGGUCACAGGAGGCUCCAGAAGGUGCCACUGGCUGUGCACUGGCUGCCCUGGACGCCCUUUCUCCCUCCCCAGUGUCCUCUGAGAGCAGCCUGGUUGAGCGUUCCAUCCCUGUGUGCCGUGAGUCGCGCCGCAAGCGCAAAGGCUUUGCGAGCCCACAGCCUGCUUCUUCUUCCUCUCCGCAAGUUCCCAACCCCUCACCUUCCUCAUCGUCAUUCCCGGAGAGUUCUGCACAGGCUCUGGAGCCUUCUCUGGCUUUCUCCUGGACCUACCCAUUUGGAGUGGAGCGCCGCUUCGCUCCUGAGAAAGCCAAGCUCCCUGAGGGGCUCCUGGAGACUGGUGGUGCCUCCGGGCAGGACCCUGGCGGUCGGGCGCUGGUUGAGUAUCUCUCCUGUGAGGGCGCUCGGGGGAUGGGUGUGGGUGGAGUAGCUGUCGUGGAGGAGGAAGAGGAGGAUGUGCAGGUGAAGGUGGAAAGGCUGAGUGAUGAGGAGGUGCAUGAAGAGGCCUCACAGCCGGUCAGCGCCUCCCACAGCUCCUUGAGUGACCAGCAGACUGUUCCAGGCAGCGAGCACGCUCAGGAGGAUCUGCUCAUCAGCCCUCAGUCUUCAUCUAUAGGCUCCAUGGAUGAAGGAGUGACUGAGGGUCUCCAGUCCAUCCAGGGCACUCCAAACACCACCGGCCACAUGGAGGAGGACGAAAGGCUAGAAAACGUCCAGUACCCGUACCACCUCUAUAUCAGCCCCUCCGCACGGCCCGGUCUCAACGGACCCGAGCGCCCCUUCCAGUGCCCCACAUGUGGAGUCCGCUUCACCCGAAUACAGAACCUCAAGCAGCACAUGCUCAUCCACUCCGGCAUUAAGCCAUUCCAGUGCGACCGCUGUGGGAAAAAGUUCACGCGGGCCUACUCCCUAAAGAUGCACCGGCUGAAGCAUGAAGGUAAACGCUGUUUCCGGUGCCAGAUCUGUAGCGCCACAUUCACUUCCUUCGGUGAAUAUAAGCACCAUAUGAGGGUGUCCCGCCACAUCAUCCGCAAGCCUCGGAUUUACGAGUGCAAAACAUGCGGCGCCAUGUUUACCAACUCCGGCAAUUUAAUCGUACACCUGAGGAGUCUGAACCAUGAGGCGUCAGAGCUAGCAAACUACUUCCAGACCAGUGAGUUCCUCCUCCCAGACUACCUGAGCCACAUGCAGGAGGAGGAGGAGAGCCUGGCCCACUUUGAAAUGACCGAGCAGGCCUUUGAAACCGCAGCCAGUGCCAACGCCUCUUCCUCCUCCUCCUCUUCCUCAGUCCAAACGCCCGUCAUCUCCCAGGUCUCCUCCACCAUGAACUACGACCCCCUGCCCCCGGUGCCCCCACCCCACAACCCGGGCUCCAGAGCGGCUCACGGGGGAGAGGCGGAGGGCGAGGGGACACCGGCGGAGCCGCCGAAGACCACCGCCGCUCUCACCUCUCUGCCCGAGCCCGAAGAAGGCGAGAGAGAGAAAGAAGUGGAGGGGCGAAAGCAGAAGAAAGCGCUUGUGUCCAUUACAAUCGAGUGAAGGAGGUGAAGAAGGGGUAUUCUUCAGUUUUUGUUUUUUUUUUCUUUUCUUUUGCAUUUUUUUGGGUCAUUCGUGUUACAGUCAAGCAAGCAAAUGCAACAAGAAAAGUGAACACUGGUCCCUACGUGUGGAAUGCUAUUCGGAAUACUGCUUCGAACAUCUUGUCGCUGACUUUUUAGACGCUUCAAAGUUCAGUCGUGAAUCAUUCUUCAGAGAAAUGUGAAUGUUCUUCCCUUCAUUUCACCUGGAAUAUGAACAUGAGAAGUUUUAUGUUUGAAGAUUUGUUCUGAAGUUCAGUUUAAACUUGAAACGUUCGAGGAUGGACGUUGAUUUUAAGGACGUUGUGUCUGUUUUGUUUUAUUUUACCCCAUAUCUGUUGUAUUAUCAGAUUAUCUAUAUAUAUAUAAAAUAUGCUAUGAUCCUCAUUCGAGGCUAUCUAACAAAGGAAUCAAAGUGUGUGCAAAAGCUGUGAGAUGAUGAACCACGCCUACUGAGGUGACGCCUUAGCCUUACGCAGUCGAACUGGGUCGUACUGGAUAACGAGUGAAUGAGCAGGUUGAUCUGUCUUGGGUCUGUUUUAUGGCUUAUUGUGUCUUGCCUCCUCUCCCCUGCUCCUCAAUCCAAGGUUUGUUUAGUCUCGCACAGCAGAGCCAGCAGAGCGCCUCAACCGUAGCAAGCCUCUAUCCUUGGCCUACAGAUGGAAGUUCUUACAAAUGUGAAGCGACUGUGUUACUACUUCAUCUGCAUUCUUUUGCAGCAACAGAAAUGCAUGUGGGAGUCCAAUAAUGACGUGCUGUGCGGCCACCGCUAAACCAGAUUUAGUAAAGCAACCUCAGACUCCUUUUAAGGAAUCCUGUGCCAGCUGUUCAGUGAGCGAGUGAGCUUUGGAGAGUUGCAUUCAGGGAGUGGAGUAUAAAGUUAACCCCUUAAACUGAGUUAUUUUUAUUAUUAUAAGGUAUGGAUGUACUGAUUUCUUGAAAACUAUUUGAGACAGUAUUAUUUCCCUUUAUGUAUGUCUCGCUCACAUUUUGCAGGCAAAAACAAACAUGUAAAACACAGUAGCACAUUUAAAGUAGUUCCUGUCAGCCAAAAUAAUAUGCAAUAUAAAUAAUAUUUGCUCCAUAAUGGGUCCAAAAUACUAAAACAUUUACAGUCACAUUAUAUACAGCUUUUAAAAAAAUUAAAAGAGCACUUUAGUUUCUAAUUCAGUUCCUCUGAUUUUGCUAUUUAUAUUAGUAAAAUUAAAAUAGUUGUUUUAUUCUAUAAACUACCGACAUAAUUUCAUAAGUUCAGAACUCAAUAUUUGAUGUAAUAACUCUUCUACCCCAGUCUUACACACUGCUUUUGGAUAUCUUCAUUUCACUCCUGGUGCAAAAAUUUAAGCAGUUCAGCUUGGUCUGAUAGCUUGGGAUCAUCUUCCUCUUGAUUAUAUUCCAGAGGUUUUUAAUUUGGUAAAAUCAUAGAAGCUCAUCAUUUUUAAGUGGUCUCUUAUUUUUUUCCAGAGCUGUAUUUGAAGUGACUGUGUUUUGCUCAAGUAGAAUUGGUGAAGUGUGCUUUGUUUGCGCAUGGAUCAUCUAAAAAUAAUAAUAAAAAUAUUAUUCGUAGUUAUUAGUAAUUAUUGCUAGUUUGGACCAUAAAUUGGCUUUGGUUAGGGUUUAAAAGUAGCUUAUCAUGCACAAACUAAUCAAACCCUUUCUACAAACUACAUUCUACAUUCUCACACAGUUUUAAUUCCCUCGUGCAUAUAGUCAUGGACUAGACGCUUAACUAUGGUUGUCAUAGUUACUCACAAAAUCAAACUAUUAAUUGAUUUAGAUUUGCAAUCUAGAUUAAACAGAUAAUAUAUUAUAUUUAAAUAAAAAUAUAAAUAAAAGCUAUUAUCAGCAUUCACAAUAAAUAUCAGUGAUUGAGUUUAUGUCCAUAUGUUCACAAAAAAAGAGAAACAGCCUCCACCAUGUUUGACAGAUGAUGUGUUUUACUAUUAUUAUAACCUAUCCUACCCACCAAAAGCCCAGGAAAGCUAAAAUCCAAAAAAUAUGUCUAUUCUAGUAGUCCUGUCAUGAUAACUUUUUUGUGUGUUUUUGGAUGAUAUAAUUUAUUAAAAAUAUUUCUGUUAGAAUAUAUUUUUGUCACUCUAAGACCAUUUUAUGACCCUUUUUUUUUAUUAAUCAGCAGAAAUAAUUGUGAUUAUGUCCAUAUAUUGUUAAUAUGAGAGAUUAAUAAUGUAAUUAUUGUAACAGGUCUAACCUCUUGAAACUAUUAUAAGCAUGGGAAAGUGUGGCCUCUCCCACAAGCAUUUGUAGAGUAUAAGGGGUUAAUUCUCCACUCCCUUGUUCAUUUUCUGCUGUAUAUAUAUAUAUAUAUAUAUAUAUAUAUAUAUAUAUAUAUAUAUAUAUAUAUAUAUAUCAUGCUGCUAAAGUUUGUCAGCUGUGCCUCGUGUCCGUGUUU